CAUCAGUCCCACUUCAUGCGCAGUUUGUCUUUGCCAGCUUGACUACCCAUUACAUUACAGCCUCUCCGCCUUCCUGUCUGUCUUUUUCUCUUGGAAACGACACACCGUAUCAGCAAGAAAGCAUGUCAUCGGACGACGAGGGGGGAGAGGAGUAUCUAUUCAAGGUGGUGAUAAUAGGAGACUCGGCUGUUGGGAAGUCAAAUCUGCUGUCCAGAUAUGCCAGAAAUGAGUUCAAUUUACACUCCAAAGCAACCAUAGGUGUAGAGUUUCAAACUCAAAGCAUGGAGAUUGAUGGGAAAGAAGUGAAAGCUCAGAUUUGGGACACUGCUGGCCAAGAAAGGUUCCGUGCUGUUACUUCUGCUUACUAUAGAGGUGCUGUUGGUGCUCUCAUUGUUUAUGAUAUUAGUCGCCGUACCACUUUUGAAAGUGUUGGUCGUUGGCUUGAUGAGCUCAAAACUCAUUCUGAUACAACUGUCGCAAGGAUGUUGGUGGGCAACAAGUGUGAUUUGGGAAACAUCAGGGACGUGAGUGUCGAGGAAGGUAAAAGCCUUGCUGAAGCAGAAGGAUUGUUCUUCAUGGAGACAUCGGCCCUUGACUCAACAAACGUUAAAAAGGCUUUUGAGAUAGUUAUUCGCGAGAUUUAUAACAACGUGAGCCGGAAGGUUUUGAAUUCAGAUACAUACAAAGCAGAAUUGUCGUUGAACAGGGUAACCCUCGUUAACAAUAGUGAUGGAUCAAAACAAUCCCAAAGCUAUUUAUCGUCGUGCUGCUCCAGGUGAACUCUCAUCUUUCUCGUCGACAAAAGUUGUACAAGUUGAGGGGUCCUUUUCAUGGUUGGUUGUUUUAUUUGUUCCCUUCUUUAUGAUUUGUGUUCAAGCUUCUUUAAUUGGAAAAUAAUUUAAAAAAAGAUUAUAGAAAUGAAAUUGUUUAGUUCAAUACAAAAAGGGCAGUCAGAAUUUUUGUGGUUUAGAAUUCUGUAAUAACUCAUAGUAAAGCAAACAGUUUUUCUUUACUUGGUGAGGCUGUAUAAUGUUUAAGGGUCAUUCAUAGUAAUUGUAUUUGUUAGUUCUGCUAUUCAGCAGCCACUGGAUUUUCUUUUUUUCUUUUUUUGAAGUCACUGGAUUUUUUAUAGCAAGAAGGAACUUAUAGUUGGGUUGUAUCUGUAAAUUUAUUGCAACAAGCUCUAUUGUGUAUUUUGUUGGUACAAGUCUGUUGUAUAAUUUAAAGUUUAGAUUGUUUCUUUUUAA